AUGGAGGCCAUACUUGAUCUUUUGAUCAGCACUGUGCAGAAGAUUUACAAUAUAAAUAGUAACUUUGGAAACUCAACCUUAUACUUUAGGUUGGCAGAAGAAUUCAUUUCUGGGCGAGGGAUCAAGAAUGCCAUGAGUUUUGAGAAAAUGAACGGUCGUGGAGAUCGAGAUUUGGCAAUAAUUGGAAGUCAACAGGUUGAAGUUAGUGAAGCAGAUGAUGCUCAUAUUCGACGAAAAAUAGACAAAGUGAUCCUUUCAAUUCUGGUUUGGGUGUAUUUUCUGCAAAUUUUGGACAAGUCAGCACUCGGCUACGGGGUUAUUUUCGGUCUCAAAGAAGAUGUCAAGCUUCAUGGCAACCAAUAUUCGCUACUCGGGUCCAUUGCAGCAAUCGCGCAGCUAGCAUGGCAACCCUUCUCGAUGGUCCUGAUAGUCAAAGUACCGCACCGCAUCCUUAUGCCAUCUCUUGUCCUAGGCUGGGCUGGAUGCCUUCCGCUCUUCGGCGUCAUCACCAGCCAUUGGUAUCGGCGUGCUGAACAACACAUCCGGGUAGCAGCCUGGUAUGGAACCAAGGGACUGGCAACAAUCGCCGUGUCCACGCUAUCAAUCUUUUUAUUUGCCGCACGGUUUUUGACAGAACACGAGCGCAUGCAAGCAAUCGAGAGAGUCCGUGUCAACCAGACGGGUAUUGGAUGUAAUGAUAGUUUCAAAUGGGACCAUGUCUUCGAGACACUUCUCGAACCAAAGACCUACCUUUGGAUCAGCAUGAGCCUGCUCCUCAACGUCGGCGCCUCAGUGGUAAAUGUUUUCGGCCCCAUCAUCUUGAAUAGUUUCGGCUUCACCGAAUAUCGUACCCCGCUGCUCAACAUACCAUUUGUGGUGGUUCUUCCAGUUAUCGCAGGCCUUGCUAUGCUGUAUACCUUGAAGCGAAGAAGUGCUCAACGGGCAGCCCUUCUUACAGCAUACUAUCUCCUCGCCUUCCUAUUCGGUGGAAACCCGCUCAUCGUCGCCUGGAUCGUUGGAAACACCGCCGGCAUGACGAAAAAAUCGGUCGUUAUGUCGCUAUAUAAUGCCGGCUCGUCCGCGGGCAACAUUAUCGGUCCACUAUUAUUUAAUCGGAGGGAUGCUGCAUACCUAGCUACCGGAGCGGCCUUCAGGCACUACUUGGAGGCUCGAGCCGAUCAGAGAUUAGACGAAGCGCAGUGCCGGUUUAUCGGUCAAUUGAUGCUAUAUCUGAACGUUUCGAAAUUUGUUGUACCAUCUAGCCUCCCGAAAUUACGAGCAGCUCGCAAACUUCGAGCCGAUCUCAAUCAAAUACGUCCACAUGCUCACCGAAUGCAGCUUAGAGAGCCAAGUGCGCACUAUAGCUGCAUAUCAUCGAGGACGUUUGGAAAGUACUGA